CUCAACCAGAAGACGGUGGAGAUGAUAAUGAUGCCUUAAAGCUGCACAACAGUUUGCAGAGCUUGCGAGAGUACUUAGAGAUGCUCAACAGAAACAAAAAUCAAGAAGAGUCAGUUUCUAAAGAAGAAUCUGUAGAAGAAAAUGAAUUUGGACCUCACUAUCAUACCAUGUAUACAAAUGAGCCUCCUAUGGAAAUUAUUCCAGAAGAACUACAGGAACAGGAAAAUGUUGGUGACAACCCACCCAAAGAUGUCUAUUUCCAACCAAUACCAAUUUCAGACAAGAUUGGUAUGGCUGAGAGAAACAUUGAAGUUGGAACAGGAGGUGGACAGCAAAUCCGAGAAACAGUUCUUCUGGCUGUAUCCUCAGCUACUCUUGCUGUAUUAUUGCUACUAACUGUGUUUUGCGCUGCAGCUGUAUACUAUUGUUCCAGACCAUAUAACUAUUUAGAUGAUUACUCCUAUACUUCUUCUGAAAGACGACUUCUGCUUUGCCCAUCUGAUUCUUCUUCAUAUACUAGAACUGAAGAUAGUAGUUUGGUAUGGAGCGAGAGAACGUUAACCGAACAGAGCAGCUCAGAGAUUAAACAUACAUUUGUAGAUGAGAUAUCAACAUUUUCUGAUGAGUCAGCACGCACUGCUGAAAGGGACAAAAGUGAAUCAGUACCAUGUGAUCUGGAGCCAGGCGGAUUACCAGCACCAAGUGUGCCACCACCAGCUGAGGCAGUGCCACCACCAGCUCCGGAAGCACCACCAACACCGGCGCCACCACCCGCUCCAGAAGCACCACCAGCACCAGCUGAGGGGGCACCACCACCAGCUCAGGAAGCACCGCCGGCAUCAGCACCAGCUGAAGGAGCACCUCCAGGGCCACCAGCUGAAGGAGUUCCACCACCAGAAGCACCACCACCAGCAGUGUAA